UCUCUCUCUCUCAUUCUUCUUUGCAGACACACACCAGCUUUCGUCCAAUGAAUCCCCCAUGCCCUGCGAGCGAGGCCGAGCUUGAUCCUGGCUUAAUGCGCUCCGCUCUCUAUAAAAGCGCCGUUACAGCAACCUACAUUUCAUUAUUCUCGGCGUUGUUCACUACGGAACGUGGAAAAGGCUGCAUUUUGAGUUUGCCACAGCGAUGUGAAAAUGCGUCUUGUUUGAAUUGUUUUUCUGAAGAGAAAGUUGGCGGUGGUGGCUUUUGUGAAGGAUACGAGUCCAGCGCGCCAUGAAGGUCACCAAGUUGGAGGUGUCAACGGUAUAUCCGAGUGAGCGAUGUGAACCGCACGUGAUGUACCUGUCCGGUGCCGAUCACAUUGUCCGGCCUCGGCAUGUCCCGAUUUUUCUGUUUUAUAGAGCUCGCGAGGAUGGCGAACAGGUCAUGCCAACUGACUUGUUGAAGAACUCAGUAGCGAACACGCUCUCGAAGUUCUACCCCAUCGCAGGACGACUGCGUAAAGGAAGCGACGGGAAGCUAGAGAUAGUUUGCAACAACGCUGGAGUGGAGUUUGUGGAGGCAACAGUCGAUGGCAGCUUAGACGAGUUUGAUGGAUUUAAUCCUAAGUUGUUCUCGGAGUUGCUUGAUCCAGUGCCCGUACCAUUUGGCGAAUCAUUCACAGAGUAUCCCAUCACGUAUAUCCAGGUGACUCGGUUUGCUUGCGGGGGCGUAUCUCUCGUAAUCACCAUCAACCAUGCUUGCGUUGACGGGCUUUCGGUGAAUCAAUUCCUGACGUCAUGGUCUGAGGUGGCGAGGGGUUUAGAGAUGUCGAACCCGCCGGUUCACAACCGGACUUUGCUGAAAGUACAUAUAACUCCUGAGCCAGGUUUCCGUCCCAAGGAGCUGAGAUCUCUUACGAAUUUGCUGCAGGCACUGCCCAAGCAGAACCUUAUAGAGUGCAUGUUUUCAUUCACACCUGAACGGGUCAUGCUUGUGAAAAAGAAGGCCAUAGGAGGUGGAGAGCAAGGAGCUUUCUCUACCUUUGAGGCCAUCAGCGCUCACGUCUGGCGGUCUGUUACCAAAGCAAGAGGUCUUGAUUCUCAAGUUACAACCAGGCUUUUAACCCCUCUGGACAUGCGUAGGCGUCUAAACCAUACUCUUCCCAAGGGUUACUUCGGUAAUGCCAUAUGCUUCGUUAGAGCCGAGGCAAAAGCCGGAUACAUCGUCAAUAAUUCUCUCUCGUACACUGCAAACUGCAUUCGUAAAGCUGUCGAAGGAUUUUCUGAAACGUACUACAGCAAGGUUAUCGCCUUUGCGCAGACUCAUGAAAAUCCCCUUGUCAUGAAUGUGAAUUGGGAUGAUAGUGAGGGUUGUGAUGUAUGCGUAUCAAGCUGGGUCCGAUUUAACUUCAUGAACCUGGAUUUUGGCUCGGGGAAUCCUACCUUCUGCAGCCCCGGGAAAAACCCUUACGAUGGUGCAAUACGUAUUCUCCCAACAGACAAGGGCAAUGGCCACAUUAACAUUUUCCUGGCCCUGAAACCAGAUCACAUGAAGAAACUCAUUUCGGAUGCAGAGUUUCUCCUUGAUGACUGACAGCCAACAUGUCCCUGCUGGAGCGCUCUAGGUAAUGGUUCCUUCAAGUCCACUUUUUGUCGAUCGGAUGGUAUAUUCUAAUCUUAGGACCCAUCCAAUUGUCCCCAAAUUUGAGAAAGGGAGCUUUAGUAACAAUUCCCCGUUUCUAGAAAUGCGGAGCAUAGUGAUCUUCGCAAAUUUACAUAGUACAUCUUGAUUGAUCUGAUGUAACUUAUCAGACUGUACUCGAUUACGAGACACCUCUAUUACUUCUAUGCCAAGGUUUAACAGACUCCCUUUUGAAGUGCAUACGGAGCACGCCGCUCCUGUUACUCCAUGGAAGCAUGAAGACUUGGGCCAGAAGCUCCUCGCAGUUGCUCGAGUAUAUAAUUACUUUUGAACGAUCUAUUCGAUAGUUCUAAAACUCGUUCUAAUUCAACUGUUAAAGUACUAAUGUCGACACUGGGGUCUGGCCCACGGCGAGGUGCGAAUUUGGAGCGCGGGGGAACAGUCAUCAGAUUUAUUGAAUGAUGCGGAUUCGGCAACACUUCCUUAGUCCCCAUCCCACACUUUAUCUAGAUGAUUAGUUUUCAUGAUGUUGUGCAAACCUACUAUUCUUAUUCUUAUUCUUAUUAUAGUCAUACUACUGUCUUGGGAAAAUCAUGAAAAAAAUCUUACUGUUAGUCAAUAAAAUAUAUUAAUGUAUUGAUCUAA